AUGCCAGAACCACUUUCUACUACUCGUCAAACUAACUUUUUUCCUUCCGCUGAGCGGCUUAGUUCCUCUGAUAACCAGUCUUUUGCCCACCAUAUACAAACCCUUUACCAACUAGAAGCUCCUAACGCAAAUAUUUACCUCGCUUUAUCUUCUCAACUUCCAGUCUCAAAUCUUAUAGAAACUUUUCAUACUUCCGCUAAACAAAUUGACCUUUGGCUCGAAUAUGCUAAUAUUGCUAUUUUUGCUUUGGAGUUGGAUGUUCGAGAAGGAACAAACGUUAAAAGUGUCGGUGAAAUGGAUGUUCUGAUUCAUAAAUUUGCUCCAAAUAUUGAUUUAUUACAGGAGUUGUCUCAAUCAAUCUUUAAUAACUUAAAAGUCCCUAACGACGAUGAUAAAAGAAAAGAUAUUCAGGACUCUCUGGAUAGAAUAAAUGCUGACUGGGUGGAUACAAAAGCUUUCUUUGGAAGAGUAAAAAAAGAAAUGUCUGAAUCAAAACAACGUCGUGAACUUUUAGAUACUAUGGAUCUAAUUUUAGCUUCAAUAGAAGAAUUAAAUACAAGUAUUUUCGAAUUUCAAGAACAAAGACUUAGUGGUGAAAAUGGAAAUGACUUAUUUCAUUUCCCAAAAUUAAAACCUUUAUCGGCUAGAAUUGAAUAUUUAAGAUCUCGUUUAUCCGCUCCAAAUGCUCCUUCUGAUCCUAAUGGUAUUUUAUCAAAAAAGAAUAAUAUUUUAUCAAAUAAAUGGGAUGCUUUAAAACAUGAAAUGGAAUCUUUAAGAGAAGAAUUAAAAGAGGAUAAAUGGUUAGGUGUUUUUAAACAAGUAACUGGUAACGCUGGUCAAAUGAUGGAUUCACUUGAAAGAGCUGUUAGGCAAUCUAUAACUUUUAAAAAUUAUCAAAGAUUAUAUAAAACUUUUGAUGCUAAAAGAAAAUAUUAUGUUCCAACUGUAACUAAAAUGCUUACAAUGCUUGCAAAUGGAAUUAAUCAACAAAUGACAAAAGAUCGUGAUGCAAUUAAAAAAUAUAAAUCAAUGAAAGAUCGUUGGGAUGCAAUUCUUGAUGGUGUCGCUGAAGUUCAACAUGAUAUGCCAGGAUUGGAAGCUUUUUUAGAUCACUCAGUUGUAUCUAAUAAUUCUCCUCCUUCUUCAAUACCUUCAUCUAUAGCUUCUUCUCCACCAAUGUCCCCUAAUAUAAAACCUAGAGGAAUUUUUUCUCCUGAAUCAGGUUCUCCUCCUACAAGGGUUCAAAGAUCUUUAUCUCCACAUAGAAUUGAUUAUCUUGAUUCACCAUCAAAUAAUAUUAGAUCUCCUUUACGUUCAAAAUCUCCUUCACCUAGAGCUACAAGUCCUUUAAGUAGUAGUCGUAAUUAUUUUUCUUCUACAAACGGUCGUUCUAUUAGUUCUCCUGUAAGAUCUCCUUUAACACCUUUAACUAUAACUCGUGCAAUGUCUCCUGAAAGAGUAAAUCCAUCAAAUAUACCACGUCCUGUUACCAGUAUGGGAAUUACUAAUAGAACUCCUUCACGUAUUGGUAUGAGAUCAUUUUUACCUCAACCUAGUACUCCUCAACCGGGAAUGGUAUCAACUUCCCGUCUAGGUAUGAUUUCACCUCCUCCACUGCGACGUCAUCAUCAACAAAUAAGGACACCAACACCAUCAUCUGUUACAAGUAGUUUAUCUCGACCAAUUACACCUGAAAAUGAUGAUCGUCCAAUGACUCCAUUAACUGAAAGAUUAUCAAGUAUGUCUGUAGUUAAUGAUCGUAAUUCACAUUAUAUUCCUCUUAAAAAUGAUAAACUUGAUAAUGAAGUGGCGAAAAUUGUAAAUUCUUUACCACUUAAUGUAAAAGUGGAGCGUGCUCCUGGUGGUGGUGGCAAAUAUUACUUUGGCCGUGAAAAAAAAGUAUUUAGUUGUAAAUUAGUUAAUUACGCUUCAAGUAAUCGAAACAAGGUUAUUGUUCGAGUGGGCGGUGGUUCUCAAGAUUUGGAUAUGUUUUUAUUAGAACAUAGUCUUACAAGUGUGAGAUAA